AGGGCGGCUGGGCAGCCGUCCCCUAAAGCCGUGCUACAGGGUUGGCGCGCAGGGGGCUGGUUUGCCCCUGAGCAGUGUCUGGUGCCGCGGCUCGGCGGAAAAAGUGGCGCGGGGCUGUCGUGCUUCGCGGCCUCGACGGGCCGGGCGGCACCGCCGGCGGGGACAGGCGGCGCUUUCGAGGGGGCUCCAGUGCGCCCCCGCCGCCGGCCCUUGUGGAGCGCCGAACGCACAUUGUUCUGCCGGCCGUGCUCCUCGCGGAGCGGCACGGCUCGGCACGGCCCGUCCUUCUCCCCUCCCUCCUCCUCCGCCUCCCGUCCCUCUCCCCUCCCUCCCCAGGUCCCUCCUUCCCUCGUCACCGGGCGGUGUAUAAAUCCCCUUCCCCGGCGUAUUCCCCCACCGCGGGAGACCCUGGUACUUUGGCCCCUGGGGCGGGAGCCCGCUGCCUCCUCCGGAUCGCUGGGACUUUACUCUCCCGCCGUUAACCUCCGCCCCCGCCCACCGCUCCUCGCUCUCUCCCCGCGGGGCUCCCUCCGGCCGUACGGUUCCCGCCGGCCUCUUCCCUUUGCUACUCGGGCCAAGGAUGUCGGAAAAACGCGUCGAGGAGGCGCCGGCGGAGCUGACCGCUAAGGAAAUGAAAGAAAAGAAGGAAAAAAUUGAGGAGAAAACAGCCCACAAAGAAAAGAAGAAGGAGAUAGUAGAGGAUGAGGAAAAUGGAGCUGAAGAGGAUGAGGAAGAGAAUCCUGACGACGUGGAUGAAGAAGAAGGUGGUGAUGAGGAUGAAGAGGGAGACGAGAAUGGGCAAGAACAGGAUGGCCAUGCAGAAAAACGGUCUGCAGAAGAGGAAGAGGAUGAAGUGGAUCCAAAGAGACAGAAGACAGAAAACGGGUCUUCAGCUUGAGUCUUCCUCUCCCAUCUCCUCCAUUCCGUCCAUCUCUCCUCCUCCAUUCCAGCCUGUGCUUGCACUGUUCGUUGGCUUCACACAAUCUCAGAUGAGGAAAGAUUAGAAAUGCUCUCAAACAGGGAAGACAGGGGUUUCCUUCUUACCCAAAGACCUGGCC